UAGUAAGGUACAUAGAGUUAUCAGUCCAUAGCCCAAUGCCUCCAAACAAUGGAGUGAUGUCAACUGGGCUAUGGGAGACUGUAAUCUAUUAUGGAGAGAGACUAAUCCAUGGAAUAGGCUUUGUCUUACAUCUAUUCAAGAAAUGUGGAGUCCUGCUUUAUAAAGGAAUAUGUUUCUGUUGUCGGUGGCUAUGGAACUUAAUUAAUGACCUAUGGAAUCAAAGAAGUAGGUUAGCAGAAGAAAGACAAAGGAUAAACACUCUUCGUUUUGAAAUUGACCGAAUGACAAGAAGGAAGAGAGACCUGGAAAGACAAAAGGCAAAGUCUGAGACAAAUAUAAAGAAAUGGCUACAACCUGAGGCAUAUGCUUUUGCUGAACUUAAAAGGAGAAGGAAUCAUGUCAUUGGAGCUGAUGAUCAACUCAUAAGUCAAGAGGAUCUUGACAGGAAUAAGGGAGUAGCCAACAAAUACUUUCAAACUACUAUCAGAGUACUCACUAGUAUGGCUGAAGACCAUCUCCAUAGCCUCCUAGCUGUAAGUGAUCAAGGAUCAGGAAAUAAUUCAAAACAACUCUACAGUCCUUAUGGAUUACUCCUAAGUGCUCAUGACUCUCAAAUUUCAGAAGGAAAAAUUGACAAACAAAUGGUACUGAGAAAGAUAGAUAAAAGAUAUUCAUUAUAUCUACAAAGCCAUAAAUCUAAAAUUGAAGCAAGAUGUAUCGAUCCCAGUCUCAGUUUAGUUCGUUCAAUGCUAACCUUACUACCCCCGCUACUCAUUACACAACCACUACUCCAAGAUGAUGCUAUACAAGAUACUAACAGAUUGACUUGGAAUGAAGAACAAAGAGGGCGACCAUUAAUAUACUAUCGUCCAGUAUUGGUGUAUGGUAACCAGUUGAGUCAGUUGAGUGUUGCUACUAGGGGACUAGUUGGCAACAGUACUACAAUAGUUAAAGAAAGGGAAACAAGUCAUCAGUAUCUGGUACCAGCAAAUUAAAGCAUAGUUAAACAAUUAUAAUAAUUAUUAUUAUGGUUUUAGUGUUAUAAAUUUAGUAACUAAAAUAGAAUU